AAAAAGAGAAUGUUUUCAGUCAAUUUCGUUUAACAGUGCUAACAGGAACUUAAAAUAACUUCAUCAGGAAUGUUUGCGAAGAUAUUAAUUCUGCUUCUCAGUGCAUCUAGCGUGUUCUGCUAUGUUUACAUCAUUCCAAGUCAGUUGGGAAAAAGCAAACAUCAUGACAAUUAUUGUUUUUUUAACGACACAAGCACUUUAAUUAAACGUGGCGAAUCUUUUAUAAAUCAAGAAAUGUGUGAAAAAGUUGAUUGUAAUGAGGAUUAUUCAAUGAGUAUCUAUGGAUGCGGAACGUUUUCGUUGAAUGAUCCCAAUUGCCUUAAAUGGAAGAGAGACUUGUCGAAACCUUACCCUCAAUGUUGCACAUCAUUUAUAUGCGUCGAAUAUGCAGACAACUUUUUGGACAACAAACUUGAGUCUUCGAAGGAAAACUCGGAUUAAUUUAUGGAAAUUCAAACUUUCAUUUUCAUUACAAAAUGUUAAGAUGAAAAUUGAUUGAAUUGUUAGGAUGCAGACUCUUAAUUAAAUAUUUUUGAUAAAAUUUAUUGUCCAUUGGACAUUUAAAUUUGAAAUACCUAAUUUAUAAUUCCUAACAAAUAUUCAAAAUUUUCAAUAAAUUCUUUAAAUUCGUUGUCUAAACGCAUCACAAACCUAGACAUUCACCUCUUUCCUGGCUCCAUUUAAGAAGAAACAUCAAACAUCAUGUUAGAUAAAUUAGGCUCGUAAAUUAACAAAAACUUAAUAGCCUCGUGUUCGAUGAAACCAUUAACAAAGAUUAAUUAAAGUAUGCAAA